CAGGCGGCUGAUGUUUUUACCCAGAAUGCACCGCUGAUCUUCACGGCGCCAUCUUUCCAGACCUGCGCGCUGAGGACACGAGACCGAAAGUCAAUGUUGUUGAUGUUCUCUUCAUUUUGGUAGCAUUUGUUUAACUUGGAUCAAACAUUGUGAUGGGGGUGAAGGCGCAGCGUCCUCGCUGCUUCUUUGACAUUGGCAUCAGUAAUGUGCCAGCGGGACGAGUGGUCAUCGAGCUUUUCUCGGAGGCGUGUCCCAAGACAUGUGAAAACUUCCGCUGCCUGUGCACGGGUGAGAAAGGAAUUGGUAAGACUACCCAGAAACCCUUGCACUACAAAGGAAGUCUGUUCCACAGGAUAGUGAAGGACUUUAUGAUACAAGGAGGAGACUUCAGUGAAGGAAAUGGUAGAGGUGGUGAAUCUAUAUAUGGAGGUUUCUUUGAAGAUGAGAGCUUCUCAAUGAAACAUACCAAGGAGUUCCUGCUGUCGAUGGCAAACAGAGGGAAAGACACCAACGGCUCACAGUUCUUUAUAACUACAAAGCCAACUCCUCACUUGGACGGACUUCAUGUGGUGUUUGGUCAGGUGAUCUCCGGCCAGGAGGUGAUCCAGAUGAUCGAGAGUCAGAAGACGGAUGCCAACAGCCGACCCUACGCUGAGGUCAAAGUGCUCAACUGUGGGGAACUUGUUCCAAAAUCUAAAGAAAAGAAAGAAAAGAAGAAGCAUCAGUCAUCCAGCGAGAGUGACGACGACUCUUCUUCAGACAGCUCCUCGGGGUCAGAGGAAUCAGAGAAGGAGAAGAAACAACGGAAGAAACAUAAGAAGGAACACAAGAAAAAGAAAGAACAGAAACACAAGAAGAAAGACAAGAAAGGGUCUGAUGAGGAAGAGGCUGAUCCCCAACCCGUGUCGACCAUCCGCCCGGAGGAAGUCCCGGCUGUUCCUGAAAACCGCUUCCUAAUGAGGCGAAGCCCCCAGAAGGCCAAAGAAGAGGAGCAGGGGAAAGAAAAGCAAAAGGAGGACUCCGGGAAAGACAGACAAAGAGAGAGAGACAGGGAGAGAGAGAGGGAAAGGGACAGACCCAUGGUGAACACUCGGCCAAACCGCACGAGACUGGUGAUGACCAGGUCAGGGCGCAGAAUUAAAGGAAGAGGACCGAGGCGCUACCGGACACCAUCUAGAUCUCGCUCACGGUCAUGGGAUCGGUUUCGCCGCAGUGAGACGCCUCCACACUGGAGGCAGGAAAUGCAAAGGACACAGAAAGCUAAAGCCAACACAGCCGCCACCCAGGAUCGAUGGAUCAAAGGGGACAAAGGAGAUAUGUCAGAGGACAAGACCGAAGCCACUGAUCCAGCCAGCGAGAACAAAGCUGCAGGACAAGAAGCAGCAAAAAAGAACUCUGAACGAGAAAAGAGAGAUGCAAAGCGGGACAAAUCACGCAGUCCCUCCAGAGGAAGAGAUCGGAAGAGGGACAAACAUCGCUCCAAAAGCAGAGAUAGGGAUGCACGGAAAAAGACCGAUGCAGAUGCGGAAAAGAAAAAAGCUCGCAGCCGGAGCAAGAGCAAUGAAAAGAAGAGAGAAAAGGAAAAGCACAGUAAAGCGGACGACAAACGCGGACGCUCAAGCAGCAAAGACAGGAAAGAGAACGAUGCCAAAGAGCGUGACAAGGAGGGCGAGGAAAAGGACAGAAGCAAAGAACGGAGCAAACCGCAUUCAGAAGGGAAUGAUAAGGAAAAGUCAAAAGAGGUGGAAAAGAAGAAGAAUGGAGAGCAGCGACGUGACCGAUCUAGAAGCAGAGAAAAGGGUCGUGAUGCAUCACGGAGGUCCAGGUCCAGAGGACGCGACAAGCGUGGCCAAUCACGCGACAGAGGCCGUGACAGACGCCACAGCAGCAGUCGAGACCGAAGGUCAUCUCGCCGGUCGAGAAGCAGAGAGCGAGACAGACGAGACCGCGGGAGAGACGCAGAAGACAGAAACAAGAGGAAGAGUGCAGAGGAGUCAAAGAGCAGAGGACGAGACAGGAGCUCCAAAGAACGAUCCUCCCAGAGACCGAGAAGCCGAGAGCGAGAUGAUCGGCAGAGCAGCAGGAAGAGGAGAGAAAAGAGUGACAGCGGAAGCAGCGAUUCAGAGAGCGAUGCUGAUAAACAGAAGAAAAGAAAAAGGAGCGAGAGUCCGAAAUCUAAAGAGAGAGCGAAGGACAAAUCUAAAAGUCCAAACAAAGAUGUGAAGAAAAAGGACUCCUCUUCCAGUGACAGCGACUGAGAGGCUGCAUGUACAACUCCAUUUUUUGUUUUCAUUUUCCCCAUCAGUGACUCGCUGUACAACGUUGGAUACAAAGAGACAUAUUUUAGUCAUUGUGUGAAACAGACGUGCCCCUCUCCUGAAUGCCUGGAAUAUUUUUUUAAUGACUGAUACGGAUCGCAGUGUCCUAAUUUGUUUCAGUUGAAUCAGUUAUUUUUGUCUUGCUUUUAUCUUGACAUUUGUUUUCAUUUUCUUGCCCAUAUCUUGACAUAAACGUUUAGUGAAAAUGGUUGCUUAAUUGUUUUUCUGUCCAAUCUGAGCUGUGUUUUUUAAAAUGGGUUUGUUGGGGACGUGUUUGCAUACAGUGGAGUUUUGUAAGGGCUUUAUGUUUGUAAGGAGAUGACAAUGUUAGGUUCUGUUGAAUUUGACAAAUAAAAAUUGAUACUGAACCUGUGAACUUCA